AUGAGUUCCCUGUUAGGCUCUACUCCCCACGACAGACUCGAUGCACCACGUACAGGUGAGAGUCUUUGCAUCCCUAUAUUGAAGGAAAGACAACAAAGAAUCAAGCAUUCAAGCAUUCCAUCAUUUGAAGAUAGUGUUGGAGUCGAAAAUCUCGAUGCUAGGUUUCGGCAAGUUCCUCAGUUCACUGGUCUUAAGCAUUUCUCAUGCUUUAGCCAGGUUGUACAAUGGACCGGGGGAGAAGAGAAAGAUAUCAUACGGAUACUUCUACCUGUUGUAACACCCUUAUUGGAAAAGGUUGCACCAGCUGCCUUAGUGUAUACUAAAGCUGUUGUAGAUUUCGCAACCCAGAUCUUCGCCCGGUUAUUCGACACCGAUACUCUUCAAUACUUAGCUCAUGCUUUAGAUCGGAUCGAUAAAACAAAAUAUGCUUUCCGAAAGUAUCGACCGAAGGAUAAGAAUCACUUGCCACAUUGGAAUUAUCCGAAGUUUCAUGUUCUGGUGCAUUAUGUGGAUUGCAUUCAGCAAUUUGGUGCUUUAGAGGGACUCAACACUGAAAUGGUGGAAGCUGCUCAUAAAUAUUUAAUUGCAAAGCAUAAUACACGCCUAACAAACUUUCAAGCGAUGGAGGAUGUUAUCUUGCAUGCUCAGUGCACUACGAUCAAUCUUAACCCAGAAUCAGAGAAAUGUCAAACAGCUCGAAUGACGAUAGCCCCGCUUCUUCUUGAGGAACUUCAGAUUCCCUCAUUACUUCCAUCAACGUUCAAUAUGCAGGGCCAUACUACAUAUCUACAUACAAGGAAUACGACUACUGUAGCUAUAGCUGAAGCAGAACUGAAGCUCCCCGAUUUUGCAGCUGCAAUCGCAACAUAUAUUUGCCAAAUGCGAAAUAAAGGUAGUUUUGAUGACUCGCGAAUGGCAGGUACUACACAGUAUAACUUUGAGCAGUUUGAUGAUCGAGAUCGAGAUAUUUCGUGGGUGAAAGAUUUCCCGAUUCAAUUUCAUGGAGCAUUGACAUGCUGGAAGCGGAGUGGGAAGGAUUAUUUGGAUCCGGAUAUCAAAAUUGAAGAGAUGCUUCGUUGCGUACCUUCCUGGAGGGGCGUUGGUCACCGUCAUGACUUUUGUUGGGUACAAGAGUAUGAAUAUCCACCGCGGAGGCAAUCUUCAAGUGAUGAGAGCCUCUCAGAGUAUAACAAGAGGCUAAAUGAUCCUUUAAAAGGUCAACGAGUAGCCAAACUCUUGAUUAUCAUGAAAAUAUAUGAUAUUUCGGAAGAGUGUUUAGUCUAUACUGGAGCAUUGGUCGAUGUAUUGGUCCCAGUAGGUGAUGGAACACCAAAUCCAGUUAAUGGCAUGAGGGAAUUUACAACAUACAAUAACUGA